CUGAAGAUGUGUUUUGUUGUUGUUGUUGUUGUUGUUGCUGUUGUUAUUGUUGUUUAGGGAAGGUAGGAAGGUUUAGCGAAUGUUGCGAGGAAGCAGAAAAGGAUGCCGUUUUGGUUCCGGUUUCGGGCGGUUUCGUGCAUCCUCGUCCACGCGCGCUAACGCACCCAUACGGUACGAGCGGGCUGGCAAACACGCGGUAAACAGGACCGAACAAGGGAGGAGGACGUCAAAACAAGUUCGAUUGCCUUCGGGUUCAGCUUGGAGUGUGUCCUUUAUUUUGCCUUCUUCUUCUUUUUUUUUUUGGCAUGUUUUUGUUUCGGUCGGUUUGGUUGGUGCGACGCACCCGAACCAGGAGCACCCGAAAACCAGACCGGGAAGUCCGGGGCCCGAGUACUCGCGCGCGCCGUGCGAGAUGAGCCUGUGCCAGUGCCGAAACGUGCGCCCCCUAGUCAGUCAGUUGCCAGCCGGUUCAUUCAUCGGUGCGAGGUUCGCAACAACCGCCCAGCGCUUGUGCUUGUGAGCGUCCUGCCGUGUGUCCUGCCUCAGCAGCCGAGCGAUUCGAACGCUUUCUCGCGUCUCAGAAUCCUGGUGUACACCUCAGACGGCGUGCAGGCAUCGCACCGAAAGCGAAACAAAGAACUCUAGACGAGUGCGAGUGUGUGUUUGUGUAUCUAUGUGCGUGUGUGUGUGUGUGUGUGGGUGGAAUUAAAGUGAAAAAGGAUCUGCGCCAGUGUGAUCUGCCUGUUCUGCGAAGAUCAGAUCGAGAAGCGUGAAUGUUGGAAAGGGAUAACUUCUGAACUCCACAGAAUCGUCAGAUGUGAACUCCAAAACGAAGAACUUCAGGAAAAGGGCCAGAGUUUUGUGUGCCGUGUCGGCAAGAUCACCCCAGAGUAACAUUCCCAGUGUGCCCCAAACAGUGCCAGUGCUUACCGAUCGUGGUAAAUCCGCAAAAAUGAUAGCCCGACAGUCUGGGAGGUACUCUCCCAGCCUGCAGCUGUGGUUGGCCCUGCUCGCCCUAGUGGUUGUCGCUCUAGCGCCGGCAGCGGCCCGUGCCGCCAGCCUGGACGCUUCGUACGAUCCCUGCUACGAUGAGGAUCGGCCCCGCCGCUGUCUGCCCGACUUUGUCAAUGCCGCGCUCGGGAUGCCGGUGGUAGCGUCCUCCACCUGUGGCCAGCGCGGCCUCGACCGGCUGUGCGACGUGCAGCAGCCGGUGCAGCGGCCCCGCUGCCUGCCCUGCGACGACGGGAACCCGCGCAAGCGCUACCCCCCGACCGCCCUGACCGACGUGAACAACUCCAACAACGUGACCUGCUGGCGCUCCGAGCCGCUCCGAUCACCCGCGUCCAUCAACGAUCCGCCCGACAACGUGACGCUGACGCUGUCGCUUGGCAAGAAGUACGAGCUGACGUACAUCAGCCUCACGUUCUGCCCGGGCACGGUCAAGCCGGACUCGAUCGCGAUCUACAAGAGCGCGGACCACGGCAAAUCCUGGCAGCCGUUCCAGUUCUACAGCAGCCAGUGCCGGCGGGUGUACGGCCGCCCGAACCGGGCCACCAUAACGCGCGCGAACGAGCAGGAGGCCCGGUGCACCGAUGCGCACCGGCACGGCCUGGCCGAGGCGCCGACCGUAUCGCGGAUCGCGUUCAGCACGCUCGAGGGCCGCCCCUCGGCCCCCGACUUCGACUCGUCGCCGGUGCUGCAGGACUGGGUGACGGCCACGGACGUGCGUAUCGUGUUCCACCGGCACCAGAUGCCGCCGGACGACACGUUCGAGGAUCCCUGGUAUCUGCGGCACAGCUCGGCCCAGGUGCCGGGCAGUGCCGCGUUCCGCCGGCAGCCCCGCGACCUGCCCGCCGACUUUGCAACCGACUGGCCGGAGCAGGCGGGCUCGACCACGCCCGACUACCAGUCGGAGGAGGCAGCGCCACCACCGCCACCACCGCCACCAGCGGCCACCCGCUCACAAUCAAACGCAGCGGAGCAGCCGGCCUCCACGAUCAAACCGCCGGCCGAGGUGCUGGGCAACCACGGGCGGGCCAGGCAGCCGCCGCACCACCAUUACGCCGUGUCCGACUUUGCCGUCGGCGGCCGGUGCAAGUGCAACGGGCACGCGUUCCGCUGCGUCCCGGCCGGCCCGGACGGGGAGGUGAGCUGCGACUGCAAGCACAACACGGCCGGCCGGGACUGCGAGCGCUGCAAGCCGUUCCACUUCGAUCGGCCGUGGGGCCGGGCCAAUGCCCGCGACGCCAACGAAUGCAAAGCCUGCAACUGUAAUGGACACGCGCGCCGCUGCCGGUUCAACAUGGAGCUGUACAAGAUGUCCGGCCGGAUAUCCGGCGGCGUGUGUCUAAGCUGCCGGCAUGCGACCACCGGCCGCCACUGUCACUACUGCCGGGAGGGAUUCUACCGUGACGCCACCAAGCCGAUCACGCACCGGAAGGUUUGCAAAGCCUGCGACUGUCACCCGAUCGGCUCGUCCGGCAAAACCUGCAACCACACGACCGGCCAGUGCCCGUGCAAGGAUGGCGUUACGGGGCUGACCUGCAAUCGGUGUGCCCGCGGCUACCAGCAGAGCCGCUCGCACAUCGCACCGUGCAUCAAAAUUCCGAGAGUCAUCAACAUGGUCCAUUCGCAGAAUACGGCACCGGAAGAGAGCCACCAGUACGCGGUCAGCAGCGGCGGUGGUGGUCAGCACGAGCCGGAAGCACCCACCUACCGGAUGCAUGCCGGACGGGAGUGCGGAAAGUGCAAAAUCAGCACAAAGCGGCUAAACCUAAACAAGUUUUGCAAAAGAGAUUACGCAAUAAUGGCAAAAGUGAUCGGAAAGGACACGAAACCGAGCGACAGCGGAACCGGGAAAGGCAGCACCGGCAGCGGAAACCCCAGCCAACCGUACCAGCCACCGCCGCCCCGGUACCGAGGCACCCCACCCGAGGACGGCGCGGUCCGGUUCCAUCUAAGCGUGCAAAAGGUGUUCAAGCGCAGCCGCAGCCCCGCCAGCCCGCUGGCCAAGGCGUCGAAAUGGUCGGACGUACCGUACAUCGUCAGCGCCCACGAUCUGGACUGUCGCUGUCCCAAGCUGAAGGUGCAUAGGUCCUAUCUCAUCCUGGGCAACGAGUCCGAGGGACCGGCGGGAACGCUGGGCGUCGGACCGCGCACCAUACUGAUCGAGUGGCGCGAUGAGUGGCACCGGCGGCUGCGAAAGUUCCAGCGGCAAGCCGACCGGACCUGCCACUGAGCUCUGUACACCUGUACACCCUGCCGCAUACGUAUCAAAACUGCUCCUGAAGUAGUGGCGCAUUGUAACUUACUUAUAAGGCGAAACAUUUUGUUCUUUUGUGGACGAGCAGAAGCAGACACCCUUCCUACGGACGCUGUUUAGAGUAGGUUUGGCUCCGAUUUUUCCACGCCGGUUUUGGACAUUCUGGCAAACACCUUCCAGCGAAUGUUAGUGUAUACAGCUUAAUAGUUUGCUCACUGUAGUACAGGCCUUCUCUGCUCAGAUUCGGCAUCAGCUCGGAGAUCUGCAUAAGCGGGAAUGCGCUCUACUACUAUUACUUAAUCCCUUAAUCAAGUAGUCUUUUGCCGUGGGAUGCAAGCAGCCAGGUACUUAUAAACUUGUGCAUUUUCCUACAAGGAGUAGCAUUACGCAGGUGUGAAGGACGCCAGGUCCCAAGCAAACAGUCUUGAUAAGGCGCUACCAAACAAGCUCAUCCAUCUACCAUUGCAUACUGAUCUAGAUGUCUUCUCAAUAGCCGUAGGAAUCAUCCAUGUUAGACAGUUUCUUGUAAAGAUUUCAUUCUGCCUCACAGCAUCGUUACAAGCAUCGAUCGUCGACUUGUACAGAAGCAUCAUGGUGUUAUCGUUCGAACUAACUACUUUAAUAACUGGGCGUAUCCAUAUUGGAGCGUCCUUGUUGCUAAAAUCCAAUCGCUGUAAUAUUUGGCUUGAAUAUUUGGAAGUUCCGGCUUCCAAUGCCGGACUGGCCAUGACUAAUGUUCCCGAGCAUAGUAACAAGUUAACAAACUCUAUCGACUGGCAUUAUAAUGGCACGCACCAGCAUGCACCUUGACUGGCAAAGGCCGUCCUGGAGUUGUUGUCAUCUGCGUCAACUUCAUCGACAAGCACGAGGAUCGUAUUUUAUUUGAUAAAGCGCCCGUUAAGAUAAGCACACACAAGCAAGCGAAAGUUGAGCAAACCAAAACUAAGAAAUAAUGAAAGAGUUACUGGAAUUUAAACUUGUAGCAUUAAGCAUUCCAUUUACAGUCACUACCCCCCCCUGGCUACGUUUCGAUCGAGUAAGGUCGUAUCGGGGAGGGAGUGGAGAGGGAGCCCUCUAUAUAUAUAUAUAUUUAAGGACCAUAUAUCAAGUUGGCUAGAUCUAUUAUCAAACCGUCAGGGUCCGCGCGGCAAACGUCACCCCAUUUUGCGACCGUUUUGUACAAUUGCGACACGUUUGUUUUUUAAAUAUGUAAAGCGUUCCUGCGCGAAGUGAAGGGAUACCGAGAGCAACGUCUAGGUUAAUGUCAAGGCUUAAAUAAUACGAUACGAUGUUUUUCAUACUUUUCUUUUUCUUUUUCGCUUGCAUCACGAUGUAUACAUUCAGCAACUUAACGUUUUACAACAUUAAAACCAAAAGCAAAACAAAAACAUCCCGCUGCGCAAAGCGACGGAAGAAAUCAUGGCGUUCUGAGAAUUUUAUCAUGCCUUCCUUUUCUCUCCAACGGCAAAUUUGUCGAGCAGCUCGUCGAGCUGCCCGUCCCUGGCUCCGCCUCAUACCCCUCGCCUGAGCGCGCUGCCGAAGGUUUGGAUGUGUUGGUGCGUCAGACGGCCAAUCGCUGUCAGCCGUCGUCCGUGCUUUUUCCCUCCAUAGCGCUAUCUCUUUCUCGCGUGUGGACACCCAAGUGACAUUUUCGAGCAGAUUGUUAGCGUUUUUCGAGUUGCUGGAAGCUUAAAGAGCAGGCUUAAAAUUGGCUUAAAGAGCAAGCGAUAUUGCAGAGUUUAAGCCUAUUAUAACAGUUGAAACGUCAGUGUGAAGCGUUUUUUCUGGUGCCAUUUUGAGAAAUGUUAUCACGUUGUGCACAAGCUACCGGCCCAAAACAAAACAUGCGUACUGUUCAAUCCAUAUUAAACAACAAGUUUAUUAUAAAACACUCUUUCACGUUGUUUUGUUAUUUUCCCUGCGUUUCUCAGCUAUUCUGAUGCUCCUGGAUAGAUCGUUUAUUUCUUUUUACUCAGUGUUUUGGCUGUUGAACACCGAGGACGAAACUGCAAGCUUCUUGUUUGUCCGGCUUCUACCGAAGUUCUGACAUAAACUUCAACGCUUCAACACAUCGUUGUUCACUCACACACCCAUGUUUUCAAGCGUUCAUAUGAGGCAAUGGGUUUAAUCGAUCUGUUCGCAAGGAGUUUAAGCUAAAAAUGUAGAACAGUUGUCACCUGGGCAAUGCUCAUGAGUUGUUGUGGCGCUUAAAAAACCGUUUAUACACAUUGCGGCGAUGAAGUUGCAUUUUUACAAAUCAAACCAAAAAAGCGCAAUGAGUUUAAUCGAUGCAAUGUAAAAAUGAGUACGGAAUCGCUAGCGCACGAUGGAGGGUUUGCUGUGCAACGCGCAGAACCCUAAUUCGCUCUAACACGUUUCUAACACUAAGCUUUUGCUUUCGUCUGUUGUGGAUUACAUAGAAAUGCUAAGCAUCCGGCGCAUGUGUGUAUGCAAAACUGUCGCCAAAUGUAAUUUCUUCCGGAAUGUUAUGAUCCAUCGGUCAAAGAAAGGAAGGCGGAAAGACGAAUUGAGGCCCCUGAGGAGAGGGUACUGACACACAGCUGUUGGAAGAUUGAACAGUAUACUUAAAUUGCCUGCGGAUGGGGGGGAGGAGGGGGGGUGGCCAUGGGAACCCUAUGAUCAGUGGUCACAGUCCCUAAAAUUGUAGUCGCCAUGGGGGGAGGGGAGGUGCAAAUGGUACUCCAGCCACGGAGCCCUAACGACCAUCUUUCCGGGGGCCCUUGUCGCUAAUAAUCUGUCCACUUGUAGACUAGAAAUCUUCGGCGACCGCCUAGUCCGCCUACCGUUAGGUCCACCGCUGGUUCAUGACGGUGUUUUUUUUUAUCGUGGAGGUGCAUCCUUCCCCCUGCCUGCUGCAUAUGCACCGGGCAGGAGACAGUGUGGCAGUAUGCAAGUUGCACACUAGAUAGGAACGGGCCCGCGGCACCGCCAUCAAUUCGCAAGUUGCCCGCGGCACUGCCAUCAUUCCGCGCAUCUGCAUGCCCGUCGUGGGUUCUAACCGCGUAUGAACCGUCCGCCGUAGCAAGGGGUUAGUCACCGGCUCCGGCUACGUGGUACUCAUGUCCUGAAAAGGCCGGCAUGAUCGCGUUGGUUAUUACGCCAAUAAUAAUAAUAAUAAUAAUACUAAUAAAAAGAACAUAGCAUAGCAGUGCACACCUGGGUUAGAGUUAAUCUUGACUUUGUUGCUGCCGGGCUACCGCUGUGACGCGACAAAUGCACGGAAUGCACUCGACCAAAACAUGAACCUACCGAUCCGAACUCAUUCCAAGGCAUUGCCGGCAAUCGGCGUCAUGAUAACUACUCCAAUCCAACAAGCCACCUGAUUCUGGACGGACAGGUGCAGCACCAUACGCGCACCGUAAUAAACAAAUCCAGAAUCAUCUUUUGUAUGGAUUCAAUUCAAAAUGUUGUUUCCACUUGCGUCCGCUAGCUGAAUUAGAAAAAAAUGUGCAAUAUAUCACACGCACGUUUGCUUAGAUCGUGUGUCUUUUUAAUACCCCCAAUAGCACAGCCGAUCGCAAAGAUGCCAAUGCCAAUGGUUGUGUUGACUCUCAGGUAGCGAGAUCGAAAAUGCGUGGACGUUGUAGCCGUAGCGGAUGAAAAUGUACGCAUCAGAAUCAAAUAGUUUUGGGGUUUCAAAACGCACGCACACACACAAACACACAAACACGCGCGCGCAAACUCACACACAAACACGCGCGCGCAAACUCGCACACACACACACACACACACACACACACACACACACACACACACACACACACACACAAACACACACACACACACAAACAUGCGCGCGCAAAGUCACACACACACACGCACGCACACAUGCAUGAACGCGCGCACGCCAGCACGCACGCACGCACACACGCACGUACGCGCGCCCGCGAGCAUGAAAGCGCGCACGCCAGCGCGCACCCA